CAAAGGAUUCGUGACUUGUGACUCCUUCCUGCAAAUUCCAAAUCACUCGAAGCACGAGACCGCAGGACAGGCGAGAAUAUGGCCCCCUUUGACCUCGACGCGUGUAUACAGCAACUACUCCGCAAACAGCUCUUACAUGAGGCCCUUUUACGCGAAAUCUGUGCAAAAACGAAAGAAGUUCUCAUGAGGGAAUCUAAUGUGGUGCAUGUCAGUGCCCCAGUGACUGUCGUUGGAGAUAUACACGGUCAGUUCUACGACCUCAUCGAGAUAUUCCGUAUAGGUGGCUACGCUCCUCACACCAAUUAUCUUUUCCUGGGGGACUAUGUUGAUCGUGGCCUGUUCAGUGUCGAGACCAUAUCGCUCCUUACGUGUCUUAAACUGCGUUACCCCGACAGAGUUCAGUUAAUUCGUGGCAAUCAUGAAUCAAGGGCUGUAACACAAACUUAUGGGUUUUAUACGGAGUGUGUGCGGAAAUACGGCUCGUCACAUGUAUGGACGUAUUUCACGGACAUGUUCGACUUCUUGACCCUGUCUGUGGUAAUCGACGAUCGGAUAUUCUGUGUUCACGGAGGUCUUUCUCCAUCUAUCCACUCAGUGGAUCAAAUCAAAGUUGUAGAUCGAUUUCGCGAAAUUCCACACGAGGGUCCAAUGGCCGAUUUGGUGUGGUCGGAUCCAGAUGCAGAGAAAGAAGACUUUGCAAUAUCCCCAAGAGGAGCUGGCUACACGUUCGGAUCAGGCGUCGUGCACAAGUUCUUGGAAACGAACAAUAUGUCGCAUAUUCUACGUGCUCACCAACUCUGCAUGGAAGGAUAUUCGUCACUAUUUGACAAGCAUCUUUCUACUGUCUGGUCAGCGCCCAACUAUUGUUAUCGUUGUGGUAAUUCCGCGAGUAUACUCGAGGUGGGUCCUGGCGAGAGCAUGUAUUUCAAUGUGUUCGAAGCUGCCCCGGAAAACGAACGCGAUGGUCCAAGUCAACAGGCUCCCCAGAAUGUUGGUGGAAAACUACCCGAGUACUUCCUCUAGUAUCUCAACAGUCUACGUCGGGGCUUUUGAACAUUUUGAUAGAACUGAAUACUGUUGGCGGCGAUUGUGGUGCCGAAGUGUAGCAAGUAAAUGUAAACCUGUAUUGUGCGGACGAUAUUAGUACUAGUACGAUGAUACUUUACUAUACCCCACAUGAUGUAUCCUUCUGUAUCACGCUAUUAAUUUUGCGGAUGCUCUUCUAAU